AUGGCUGAACCUUCGUCACAUCGACCUGCGGCAGAGGACAAAACAUGCAAGUCCAGGAUGUGGACCUUCGCGACAGAGGAACUUUCAACCUUCAGCACGAUUGAACGAACGCAUGUCGACCAAAUGGACAAAAUAUUACGGAGCAACAGGCUCCAACAUGUGAGCAAGAGGAACAUACCUUGGCCUUUUCCAGACGGCCAAACUGAAGAAAAAAUGCACAAAAUCUCACUAUUUUGCAAACGAGCUUCUUGCUUGGUUCUAGGGGAACAGGAUGUGACCCCAGGGUGGACAAUCAACGAUGCGAUUCGGCGCGUCUUCCGACGUGCAGCAACAGCGCCUGGAAAAUCCAUUGUCCUGAUUCACUAUGCUGGGCAUGGGGCGGUAAACACUGGACGGCCGCAAGGACGUGAGGCAAGCUACGACAACGCUGCACCGACGUGA